AUGACAGAUUGCAUGUCUUGUCAAGGGACAAACUCGACGAGGCGAGAUAACUGUUUCAUCAGCCUUCUCAAAAGGUCUAGUUCACCAUUCACAGACACUACCAUCAAGACUUUUUCAUCUGCCGCCCACCUCCUUCACCGUGACUUGGACUAUCACAAUAUUCCACGGCAGCGUAUGUUCCCUUCGCCCACGGUAGCGACCGAACCAAACUUCCAAGACGGCAUUAUGGGCAACCUUCCACAUGACUGGCGAGCUGGCGCUUUCAGGAACACAUCGUUCUUGGAAGAAGUGAAGAUGGAUGGCACUGAUGUCAAGCGCUCCAAUCAUAUUCCAACAUUCACACGUCUGCGUCGCCACCAUCCCGACUCGCCGGGAAUCCCAAGCCCGACACGCGAGCUGCUGAACUGCCCCCAGAACGCGCACCCAUGGCGCGGAGUACAGCAGUUCGCAUGCAUGAAUGCCGAUUCAGUCCCGGCACGUCUAUCCAACCGGAUGAGACUCGCGUGUUCGCAUCCACAAUCCUCAGUUCCACGAUUGUCUUCGUCCAAGGACCAUGCCCGGCGCGUGGUGUCCAUCGUGGGGUGUCCCCCGGACCCCCGCUCCGGCAGGGGCAUCGCCCGCUAA